AUGCCCAGUCGACAAGAAGUCUCCUACUUUGGAGCUGGUCCAGCUCCCCUCCCGACUCCAGUCGUCGAGGCCGGCGCGAAGGCCUUCGUUAACUACAAUGACUGCGGUCUCGGUCUCGGCGAGAUCUCCCACCGUUCGCCCACCGCAAACAAGAUCCUCGAUGACACAAAGGCCAACCUCUCCACCCUCCUCGACAUCCCCGAUAACUAUGAGAUCCUGUUUAUGCAGGCCGGUGGCAGUGGCGGGUUUAGCGCUGUUGUGCAGAACCUCGUCCCUGUCUGGAUUGAGCGGAGGCGCCGCAGAGCUGAGGCGGAUGUGCAGAAGGCUAAUCCCGGUGCGGAGAAAGCUCAAGUGGACGAAUUGGUUUUCCAGAGACUGCAGAAGGAGGUGGACGAGGAGUUGAAGCUUGAUUACCUCGUGACUGGAUCCUGGUCGCUCAAGGCUUCGCAGGAGGCUGCUAAACUCGUCGGUUCGAAAUACGUGAAUAUUGCUCUGGAUGCUCGGAAGGGUAAUGAGGGCAAGUUCGGCAAGAUUCCCGUGGAGGAUACUUGGUCAUUGACCCCGACCAAGCGUGAGGGUGGCAAGGGCUCUGCCUUUGUCUACUACUGCGACAACGAGACCGUGGAUGGUGUUGAGUUCCAGAGCUUCCCCAAGUCUCUGGAGUCACAGGGUCAGGACGAGGAGGAUGAGCGCCUUGUUGUGGCCGAUAUGAGCUCUAACUUCAUCAGCCGGAAGGUUGAUGUCAGCAAAUAUGCCGUGAUCUUCGGCGGCGCACAGAAGAAUAUCGGUGUCACUGGUGUCACCAUUGCCAUCGUUCGCAAGGACCUUCUUCCCCCUCAUACCGCUACUCCUCCCGCUCCGCUUCUGCACCGGUUGAACAUUGGUGGUCUCCCGGGCCCCAUUAUGCUUGACUAUGCCACCAUGGCCAAGAACAACUCCCUCUACAACACCCUCCCCAUCUUCAACCUCUGGAUUGCGGGCCAGGUCAUGGCCGAUCUUAUUUCUACCUUCGGUGCCCAGAAGGUCAGCGGUCAAGAGGAGAUUGCCAAUAAGAAGUCCGAUCUCAUCUAUGGAGCUUUGGACAAGUACCCCCAGGUGUACCGGGUUGUGCCUGACAAGAGCGUCCGUAGCCGCAUGAACAUCUGCUUCCGCGUUAACGGCGGAGAUGAUGCGAAGGAGAAGGAGUUCCUGGCAGGUGCUGAGAAGCGCCUCCUCCAGGGUCUCAAGGGCCACCGCAGCGUUGGGGGUAUGCGCGCCAGCAACUACAACGCAGUUCCCCUGGAGAACGUGCAAAAGCUGGUAAAGUACCUCGAGGACUUUGCCACCGGACAGUGA